AUGGGCCCCUGUACCGCCUCCUCAUGCUGCUGCCAGGCCCGUAAUCUGCCAUGGGCCCCCGUACCGACUCCUCAUGCUGCUGCCCAGGCCCGUAAUCUGUCAUGGGCCCCUGUACCGCCUCCUCAUGCUGCUGCCAGGUCCAGAGUGUGUCAUGGGUCCCUGUACGGCCUCCCAUUGCUGCUGUCUCCAUCGCCACACUCUGCCAUGUGCCACUUUCAGGUCUCCUCACACUGCUGGUGGGUUCCAUUUUUUCAUAGGGUGCUCUAUGGCCUCCCAUUGCUGCUGCCUCCACCGCCACACUGUGGCUCCACACUCUGGUUUUGGCCCCGUGACUGCCCAAAUGAGUGAAGUGUGCGGUGGUAUUCUAAGAUCGACGGCACUCAUCUGCAUGUCAUACUGACUGACAGUAUUAUUUCUCUUCCCCAGCAGACUCCAAGGGCAUUUAAAUUAAAGGUACAGUGUUCUGCACUAAUAUAA